CAUCAAUGCUACAUAGUCUUCAAAUCCUAUAUGAAUAUAGUUUUACUGUGGAUAAUUAAAGACAACUCAAAACACCAUACAUAUAACUAUUUUCUAUAAUUAUAUGUGAUACAACCCUAUGGUCAAUAGAUCUUUCACUAACUUUGAGGUGCUUUUAAGUAUAAUUGUACUGAUUCAAACUUUUCACUCAGCUGCAGCCACCCAUUGAUACAGCUGUAAAGACUAGUAAAAUUUUAUCAUUAUGUUUUUGAUGUAUCUUUGUUUUAGCCAAACAUAAGCUGCAGGAUUUAAUUUUAUUGUAAUUUUUCUAAUACUUGCAUACCUUCAGAUUUUUUUAGAAUAUUAAUUGUUUUAAGUCAUAUUGGUGUCUGUCUCCCUUUUUUUUACACAGUAAUUCCACCUUUCAUCAUGAAUUACCUUGAAAAACGAGGGACCUUACAGAGACUACCUUGGAUUAAUGCGCCUCUUCAAGUUGGCCUGUGUGGAUUUUUACUGGUUUUUGCAACACCACUUUGCUGUGCUCUUUUUCCCCAAAAGAGCUCCAUAUCUAUCAGCAGUUUAGAGCCAGAAAUUCAGGAAGUUGUUCGUAAACUACCAGAUCCACCAAAAUGUGUAUUUUACAAUAAAGGGCUGUGAUGGCUUAGUAUUAGAAAACAAAAAACAUAAUAAUUUUUAUUUACAUAUUUAUUGAUCUUGUUUUGGUUCUGUUUAACUGAAGUAUUUAUGUAAUAUUCUGUAAAUGAUUUAGUAGAUUAGAUAGAAAACCACCAGAAAAAUGUGCGUAUAAAUAUAUGUUGUAGUGAAAAGUAAACACAAUGUUUAUUAGUACAAAAAAGGUGUAUUUAUAUACAUGUUUGUGUGUGUGCUAAGUUAAAGUGAGUUAUUAUAUAAGCCACACUUAUUGAAGAAAUAUUUUGUGCAACCAAUUACUGUGUUUUAAGAGAAGUUUGUGAUUAUUAUUGGGCCACACUUAUUGAAGAAAUAUUUUGUGCAACCAAUUACUGUGUUUUAAGAGAAGUUUGUGAUUAUUAUUGGGCCACACUUAUUGAAGAAAUAUUUUGUGCAACCAAUUACUGUGUUUUAAGAAAAGUUUGUGAUUAUUAUUGGUUUUCAUCGAAUAUUUUAACAAUUUUAAACUUUUUAAAGAUAUUGCUCACAAGAUAGAAUUUGUAAGAGCAAAAUUUAUUGAAGUGUUUUCUGUUUUAUUGUGCAUGCAGUUGUAAAGUAUUGGGGGGGUGGGAAUAUAAAUAUUCCUGUGGGACAUAACUUUUUCUCCUCCUGAAAAUUCUGAACGUUUUUGUAGGUGAAGGCCUCCUUCUGCCUUUUUGGAUAUCUUGAAUCAUUAUAGUAGAUAGUUACAUAUGAAUUUCUCAUUGAGAAGAGGACAUUCCUUCAUCAUAUGAUUUGUCAGAUGUCCUUAAAGUACAUCCACCAGAGGAAAAGACAAAUCUUUUUCUAUAUGCUAUAGAACAACAAUAAUUUAAAAAUUUUAUGAUUAAUACUAAUUGUGUAUGUAGGCUUCUCAUUUUACACCCAGUAACCAACAAAUGAUAUAAGCAGUUUCAAACAGUAAAGUAAUUACACGUUGAUCUAUGCAAUGCAUAAAGUAAUUAUACAUUGAUCUAUGUUAACCAUGCUGUAAGUUAACUUAUAUUCUGAUCUCCAAACAUAAAUGAUAAUGAUAAAUACUACAAUGUAAAUUAUACUACUUGCAGGAUGUAGUUGGCCCUAUGAGAAAGUUCUGGAUUUCAGAACUGGUGAGCCAGGUUCAUAUCUCUGCAGUACUACAAAAUAUACCCUUUUCUUUUAACUGUGGCUGUGUUAUAAAAAUAUCAAUUAAUCCCAUAGCAUAAACUGUGGGUGGCAGAGUGUUGUUGAUUGGCUACCUUCCCUCUGGUCAGUAGUUCAAAAUUAUGGAAAGUGACUGAUGGCCUUAGUAGCUUUGUCAUAAAUACAGCUACAAACUUCUUGCAAUGUUAUGAAUGACAGUUAAAGUAUUCUGGUAUACAUUCACAACUAUAUCAUAAUCAAAGUAAAUGUCUUCCUAACUAUUCAUUUCCUUUAUCAUCUCAGAGUAGCUGAUAGACCUUGUAGUUUACUUGGAAGUGUUUGGAUCAUGUGAUUAAGCCAAUGAUUUGGCUCUUUUAAUCUCUCAACAGAAGUACCUAUGGGUUUCAGUCCUGAUUAAACACAACUUCUAAGUGGUAUCAGUAGCCAGGACAUCUUACUUAUAUAUAUAUUGUCUCUUUCAUCUUUCAACUUUAAGAAUUUUCAAGUGAAUGGCAAACUUCUAAAAAUUGCCAAUAAAAUUAUCAGUUUUAAAUCAGUUUCUGUAAACCACCUGACACUGAACACAAAGGUUAAUGCUCCUGAUUAUUUUAGUUUAAGUGAUAAUUAAGAUUUGUUUGUUAAUUAAUACUGUAUUUUAAUAAAUAAAAUGGUGACUCUCAGACAUUCCUCUAAAGUGCUCAAUUUCCUAGUGACUGAGUUUUAUUUUAGAAGGUAAAAAAUAUACGUAUUUCAAAGUCAGUGUUUGCAUAUGUUAUCAUUUAGACUCGUAAAUUGAUAACGUACCUUUAUUGAGUAUUCAGUUCAUAAAAAUAACAGGCAAGUUUUUGGCAUUAAGUAGUCAUGAGGCAAUCAUAGAUUUGUGUAAACAAAUAAAGUUUAAUAGUUUAAACUUUUAUUAUUACAAGCACCCAAAAUUUGCUAAUAAUUUCUUAACACGAUGAAGACCCAUCAAAUGAAUGUUCUUUAAAUUUAAUCAUUUCGUUCAUGUACUUUUAGAGAGAUUUUAGAUGUUGAGCAAUAACAUUAAUGUGCAAUAAUGUUUAACUAGGUGUAUUUAUUUAGUUAAAUUUGUAGGGUUUUAUUUUAAAUGUUUUCAUUAAUGUACAACAAAGUUUCCACAGGUGUAUUAUUAUAAAUAGUUGUAUAGAGUUUUAUUUCAAAUGUUUUUGUUUAUGUACAACAAAGUUUAGAGAUAUAUCUAUAUAGUUAGCUUUGUAGGGUUUUGUUGUUUUAAAUGUUUUUGUUAAUGUGCAACAAAGUUUAAAGAGGUGUAAUUAUGUAGUUACUUUUUAGGGUUGCAUUUGAAAUGUUUUUCAUUAUACAUAUUGUUUUGUAUCAUAAUAUUUCUUUGUUUUAAUAUUGAAUCUUGUGCACUCAUCAGCUUUUGUUACAUAAAAGAUACAGGAAAAAAUAGAAUUCUGUAAAGAUGUGAAAGUUGUUUGUUAUGGUAAUUUAUUGACAAGAUCUCUGUUGAAUCAAAAUCUGAUGAGCUGACUUUUCUUUUUAUGUAAGUUGUGAUGUACUUGCAACCAGUAGUAUUAUAUUUAUUUAUCAUGAGACAGCUAUUAGAAAAUGAAAUAAAAAGAAACUAAUUAUAAUGAACAACUUUCAUUUUGAACAUAGUAACUGUAUAAAUAUAAAAACGUGGUACAUUAAGACAUACUUAAACUGUACUUGUUUUCAGUAAUUAAAUAUAUGUCAAAUUCUUAGGUAAA